GUAUGCCAGGAUUUGGUGAGGAUUUUCCAGGGGAUUUUCUUUGAUCCUAUCUGAUUUCGAAAACGUGGCGGUGGUGAAACCCUCUUUUCACUGUUCGUAUCGGUCCAUGUUAUGGAUGCUUCUCGCCAUUGUGGGUGUUAGGACCUGGCGUUGGAAGCCAACCUUGGAGCGGGGGUUGUUGUGGCGACUUUGGGUCACGGUGGAUGGUGAAGUGGGUGAUUGGUUGAAAAUCAAGUUUUUCUGGGGAGGGGGGUUUCGUGGUGCGUUUUGUAUACAUGGGUAGGAUCGGUUUGUAGAAGGAUUACGCGAAAGGGUUUCGGCUUGGAAGGACGCGCGUGUUGGUGAAGAAGGAGGGUAGCAGGUAUGGCGAGUCUUGCGUUAGGAGGAGACGAGGAGAAGGAAGUACGUUUGGGGCUGGAACGGUCGAUAUACGAGGUGUGCAAGCGAUCUCCCGAAGGUUCCGACUUCCUCGUGUCAGCCUUCGUUCAAGCGUUGCACAGCUACCGCCGCUCUUCUGUCUUGACUCCUUUUCCUUCGGCACUUUUUACGACCGAAGAUGACUUCAAGGAUAAAGACUUCGCCGCAGCUGCUGCUGCUGUGCAGUCUUUUCCGCCACUGCAAGAUAUUCUUUCUUGUUGGACUUGUCAUGUAAACGGCCUUUCUUGCGGUCAAUCAGCGAAGGAUGAUGCGGCCGGCUCAGUGCAAUGCCUGUACAGUGUCGGCAAGAUGUCCCUCAGUGCUCUAAAAUUGCUCGAUUGGAUUUUGCGAUAUCGACAUGGCAUUGCAGUGGUGCAAGACCCAGAGAACGACCUUUCAAGCCUCUUCCCGCCAGCAUCGUCUCCUUGGGCCCGUUACAGACGGGGGGUGGCUUCCGAAGCAUGUGCUGUUCCAGAUUAUGUUAUGAAGAUUCAGGAGAGUAAUGAGGAUUCGUGGAGGACACGAGCGUCAACCUUUGAAUCUGUCAAAGCGGAGUUCGGCAGCUUUCAUGCUUUCCAUGGGACUUCUGCCGAAAAUUUGCACAGUAUACUUCGGUGUGGACUAUUGAACAUGAGUAAUUCGCAACUUCAACGAAAUGGAUGUAUAUUCGGGGAGGGCGUUUACCUUUCUACAGAUCCUGGAGUUGCCCACAGCUUCUGCAAAGCAGGGACAGGCUGGACUCACUCUUUUUGUGGUUCGAGAGUCAGAUAUGUACUGGUUUGUGAAGUUGCAGGGAAAUACACAUUUCGGUCAGAUUCAACUGCGCUCAAGACCGGCUCUUUUGCUGUCCAAGAUUAUCCUUCUACGUGUAGGGAGGAGAGCUCGACUUCGAACUCUGUACCAAACACUUAUGUCGUCGUAAAGAACAGCGACCUCGUGAAAAUUCGUUAUAUUUUUGUUUACACUGAACCUUCAAGAGUGCAAAUUACCUUGCGAUCGUCUUCGUUUGGCCCAUUAGGCAUCUUGCCAGAGGUGUUAGGAACACACGGUGUUGCAUCGGAAAGGUAUGUGUCCAAGCUAGGAUUUGUGGAUAUGUUGAAGAAAGUCGACUGGUGCAGGACAUUCAUUGUAUUGUACAUUGUUGUGCUGAUCGGAGUGGGGCUCCUGAAGCAUAACACCGGCAGAUACGGCCGAGGCUCAUUUGUUCAGCGAUUCUUCCCUGUCUACCAAUGACACACUGCCUGCCUGCCUGCCUCCCUGCCUGCUAGAUACGAGAAAGUCGAAGCGUUUUUCCCAGAUGCACCUCCCUGAGUGAUCUGGAAGGAAUUAGAUGGAUUCAUUUACCGUCGUCUGAAACUAUGAACCGAUAUACAUAUUUUUGCGCCCAGUUUUUAAGUCUGGAGCCCACUUGAGUAAAUGACUUGAGAGUGGCAUUUCCAUGGCAGGUGCCUGGGUGUUUUGUCAUCAGAACAAGGUGAUGUUCUUGUAUGUGGGACAGACAACGUUGUAUAUAAAGCUUACUUGUCAUUUUCCUCAGCUUCAUGAGGUCUUGCCUUGAGGAA